AUGGUUAUACCAGUUUUAUAUUUAUUUGAUAAUAAGUUUGAGAAUACUAACUUUAUUUGACAACUCUAUUUACACAUUGAAUAAAAAAGAAGAAAAAUGAAAAUCAAGUACCUCUAAGUAUUUAUUUUUCUAAGUUACAUGAUAGUGACCUGGCUGAUAUAAAAAGAGCUUUCUGCGGUUCGUCUAGAUUUUUGUACGAUUUAUCAAAUGGUCAUCCAUAAUAUAAUAGUUCAUUUAGAUUAUAUUGUUGCCUUCCAAAGUAAAUUUUAGUAGAUAAAAAGUUAUGUUACUCCAGAGUUUAUUAACUUCAGUUUCACUUUUCCUUUGAUUUUUCGUGUUUAAUUAAUAUCUUAGAGUAUGUAUUUAUUACGUUAAUAAUGAGAGAAAGUGUUUCUUUAUAUGUAGAUAUAAUGUUAAAAUAAUUGACUAUACAGUGUUAUAUCGCUUAUGGUUUCUAAAUAGAUGUAAUAUUAUAACGUUAAAUGUGAUGAUUUUAUAUAGAGAUAACGAGUUUUCCACCUACUAUAAGUCUUAGUAUUAUAUUUUUGUUAAUGAUGGGGGUAUUCUGGUGUAGAAGUGCCUUUUUAGAGUAAUUUUUGAAAUUUUUUUAGUAACAAAGAGAAAAACGUAUAUGUUUCAUUUUCUUUUAGUUUCACUGCUUUUUUCGCUUUAAUUAGUCAGAACAAAAAUUUUUGUACAAUUAAGGUAUUUGUAGUUUUAACUAUAGCGACUGAUAGAUAUAUAUAACGCGUAUUUAAAUAAGGAAGCUAAUAAAGCUUGUAAUUUUUGUGAAAAGCAUGCGAAUAGCAUGAAUUGAAAGAUUAGGUUUUAAAAAAAUUGCACUUCAAUUUUUAUGAAAUAAGCAAUUACAUACUCAUGAUGACACUUACCUUAAUUUGCUAUAUCAGGGUUUAUAAAGAAGACCUUUUUCGCAAAAUGGAUUAUACAAUGUUUCUUUUUCUCUUAGAGAUAUUUUUUUUCUGUUUUAGCAGUGUUUGACUGUUCUCGUUGAGAGCGAUCAAGAUCUUCGUAAUUUGUACGAUUAACAAAUUCUUUUGCAUUUAUUUCAGUUUUCAUUUGCAUUCUUUUACAUUAUUUUCAUUGAAAAUGGUUACUGCAAGAUAUAUUGCAAUAUCAAGUGUUUUCAUGCUCCGUACGAGUUCAAGUUUUUUGUGCACUUUUUCUUGUAUAAGUACUUCUCUUUUGCAUGAUUAACUGUCCUUUUUAAAAAUUCAAAAAUACUUGCGUCAGCUUCGUACAGAUAAUUGAAUGUCUCACAUAAGAAACGAGAAGGAACUAAUUUCACGUGACUUUUAUCAAAGUAAAGGAUAAAUACAAAACUAUCAUCAUGUGCAAACUUAGGUGGGGUCGGUUUAUGGCACCUAUACGCCUUUCAGUGAUACGAAGUUCUUUAUAAUUGUAUAACUUUUACAAUUUCAAAAAUUACAUGAAAUCGCGUUGAUGACAGUAUAGAGAAUAAAAAGCUGUAAUGAGCUCGAUUUUUUUACCAUCUAAACCAGAAAACCCCCUUAACUGGAUUCAAGUUCAAAAAUACAUUUGAUGAGUCAUCUUACAAAUGAAUGUGAUACAUGAACAAACUUUAUUGUGACUCACUCGAACGUGAUAUAAACAGUGAUUUGUUAAACAAAUUCUUGUAUUAUUUUAUUCUGUGACUUCUAGUAUGAUUUCAGUGAAGUUUACAAGUAGUAUAAAACACUACCAUCGAAAAAUAUAAAUAACUUCUUUCCUUUUAGUUUGUUUAUAUAGUUUUUAUGUAAAUGCAGGAUGAGGUAAUGAACUUGAGUCUUGAAUCUACUUGGCAAACAUUAUUUGUGUCUGAUCGUCGUCGAUCACUUUAAUUGCUCUUGAGAAAUCUAUAAAAAGUAGUAGUGAAUGGAUGACUAUCGACCAAAAUGCUAGUGAUAAAAUGACAGCCAUGAUCAGACUUAUCGUUGAAUGUUCACAAAUUGAUAAGAUGUACAAACAUACGUACAUACAUGUAUUUGUCUCUCUUUUAUGCAAUCUAAGCAGCGUAGGAAAUAAAUAUUGUACAUUCUCCGAGGUUUAAUGGUCAUUAAGAGGCUAACUUUAAGAUGAUUUAUGACAUUUAUAUUUGCUAUAAAUAGAAUUUAUUAUAAUUUUAUCAGGAGGCUCUCAACGUGGUAUUGUUAAUAAAGUCAUUAAUAGAGAAAUAGCAAAUGAAUGACGUAAUACUAAUAUAUUUAUGUAUUAAUAUUUAUGUGAUCAUUUUGUAUUAGGUCAGUACGAUUUUUUGCUGAUUUCCGAUUUAUUUUGAAUAUUUUCGUAUUUCUUUGUAUAUAGACAUACAUCUGAUAGAUUUAAUACCUAGUAACGUAAUACAUUGCGCAUAUCUAUUAUAUCAGAUUUUUGUAAAUACGAAGUCUUCAUUAUCGUUAGAAUUAGCGGCGACGGGUGCUGAGUUUAUUACAAAUGCAAAUUAUUCAGAGGAAUAACGUUUGUUCACGAUAUAUUCCUCUGACGAUAUUUAAUGUUUACAUGGGCGACGCCGAUUUAUGUAUCAUGCACAAAUUUCAUUUUUUGAUUAACGAACUGUUUUUUUUAUACGAAAGUACGCUUAUGGACAAUAAAUUGUUUGUUAUAAUUAGUCGAGUUACAUUUAUAUUUUUCUUUUUCUGCGAGAAUCUCACGUAAUUAUAUUUGUCGGAAAUAGAAACGUCUACGCAAGUGUACCGUGUCUAUAAUUAAAUCGGCUGUGCGCAGACAACGAUGCUCUCAGAGUUAAAAUGUCAGUAGCAGAAGCUCCAUGCUAUUCUACUUAUUGAUUUUUUUUGUUCUAAUUUGAAAAAUGAGAAGUUAAUAAAAUAUUUGUUGCAAACGAAAAGUGUACAGUUAUUUUGCUUUAUUCGUGCGUAACUAAUUUCCUACCAACUUUUUACUAGCAACGGAAAUCCAGCUCGGUUUCGAAUGUGAGAACGCAUUAAAAUGGAAUGCGAUUAAAUAUUCAGUCAUCUGGUAGACAUGGUACCGGGAAGUGAAGACGGCUGCCCGAUCUGCGGCGAUCGGUUGAACGCGACCCUUAGAUGCAGUGGUUGCAGGCGGCAAGUUUAUUGCAGCAAAGAACAUCAGCGACAAGAUUGGCCCAACCACAGGUCAGUUUGUCAGGCGUGGGAGAUUCACGAGAGCCCCGAACUCGGACGACAUUUAUUGGCGUCAAGGGACCUGAGUCCCGGUGAUCUGAUUCUGUCUGAAUCACCUUUGGUUUGGGGUCCGGCAUUACACACGGAUCAAAGAGUUUGCAUUGGCUGCGGCGAACAAUGCAAGUCUACCACCACGAUAUGCAAGUUUUGUCUUUGGCCGGCAUGUGACGUGAACUGUCCUGGACUUACCGAUAAGAACAGACAUGGUUUGGAAUGUCCGUUGCUAUUCAAUGCCAAGAUUGUUCCUAGGUGUGAAAUUCUCUUAGUAAUCCGUAUGAUAAUAUUGUGGCUGAAAAAGUCGAAACAAUGGGCGGCUUUAGAAAAAUUACAGAGCCAUGAAGAGUCCCGCGGUGAGGGAACAAUCGCGUACGAAGAGGUCAUGAAUGUAAGUCAGUAUGUAGAACGUCUUCUACCAGACGUACAAGGAGCCAAGGAUAUUAUUGGGAAAAUUUGCGGCUUAAUAGAUGUGAACGCUCUAGAAACGAUGCCACCCGAAGGUUCGGUGGCGAUUUAUGAAACCGCAUGUCUAUUGGAACACUCUUGUUUGGCAAACACAAGACACAGUUUUAAGAUGGAUGACAAGGGAAGGCCUCGUAUCAUCGUGAAAGUCCUUUGCUCUGUAAAGAAAGGAGAACAUCUAAGUACAAUGUAUACGCAUGCACUUUGGUCAACGUUGGUCCGAAGAGCGCAUCUCCGAGACACAAAAUACUUUUCUUGCUACUGCAAACGAUGCACCGACCCAACCGAACUAGGUACUCAUCUUGGCACCUUAAUAUGUCCCCAAGACAACGGUUACAUUUUAUCGAUGGAUCCAUUGAACUUCGAUUCAGACUGGAAAUGUGAAUUGUGUCCUGGAACAUUGACUGCUUCAGAAGUGAUGGAAUUCACUGGGAAAUUGGAAGACGAUGUUGACGAAGCUAUGAGCAGGGCAACAAAGGAGACAUUGGUCGACCUUCUGAAUCGACUUACUACAUUGCUGCAUCCUAACCACCAUCUGUGUAUCAGUGUUAGCCAUUCGUUGAUCCAAUUGUUACCAUCAAACGAUCCGAUGAAAAUUGAUCUGUGUAAACGAAUCAUAGAAACUACUAAGAUAUUGGAUCCGUACAACACAAGGUUGUCGUUGUAUACUGCAGUUACUUUGCGGGAGUUGUCUGAUUGUCCAGGGGAAGAUAGGGAAGAACUUUUGUCAGAGGCAAUUUCUCUACUGCAAUCGGAACCUCCGAAUUCACCUGGCGAGAAGCUUAGACUGUUAAUUGAAGAUGAAUUAUAAGUCAACUGUAAUAUAACGAAAUUGCAAGGAAUAUAAAAUUAAAGCACGCCAACGAAGCUGUCAAUGCCUGAUGAUUACAACGCAAUGUUUAUUCUUGGAACUUUCUUUAUUUCGUCUUAUAUUACAUUUACGACGGCUACUUACAUUAAAGAUCCUUUUCGUUAUACGACCUUACAAUUAUACAGUACAUUGUAUAACAUACGAUUACAGUGAACUCGUUUCUUUUUUUUUGUGUGUAUGUGUAAGCAAUAUAAAAAUUAUGUCGUGAUUAACUAUACAGUGUAUAUACAGCGGCGUGCAAAUGUAUCGAAACACGAUAUUACUUUUUCAUAACUCCAGAAUGCAAAAUUUUGUAAAAUUUCUUAUUAUAUACAUGAUGAUUAUGAAAAGUAAUUUAAUUUAAUUCAUGCUUAUUAGUUUAAACGAGAGGAAAAUAUGUUUAUUUAUAUGCGGAUGACUUGUUUCGAUUUUAUAAAAUAAAUGUAAAAUAUUCCAGACAGGUAUGAAAAACAUUAUAAAUGAAUGUCUUGUUAGUAGGUUGUGAAUUUUUGCAUUUUUUAUUAACAUAAUAUAAUAAGUGUUCCUCUGAAAUUUUCCCCUACUGACAUGAACUGUGAAUUUUGCGAUUUAAA